UUCUCCGGCCUGGAAGAGAAAAAGGGGCUGUGGAGUAUUACCACUCUGUCUGCCUUCGCCGGUCGUCUUCCUCCCCGCUCCCCCCCAUCUCCACUCCUCCCCGCGAUCCAAACCCUAAGCCGUGGGAUCCGUUCGCGCCAUGGAAGCGGCGGCUCCGUCGCCGCUGCUCCAUAGACCCCCGAACAUCACCCCUGAGCUCCGGCGCUUCCUCGACGUCCGCUUUCGCUCCCCGACCGACCUCGCGGCGGCCGCCGACGUCGAGGCCGAGAUCCGCGGGCGCUGCGCGGAGCUCGAGUCCUCGGUCGCCGAACUGUCUGCACGCCUCGCGGAUGCGGCCGCCGGGUACUCCUCUUCCCUCGAGGCCGCUGGCUCCGCCCUCCGCAGCGUGCGCGGUGGCGUCACCGCCCUCAAGGCCUCCACCGACAAGACGGGGGUUAGAGAAGAUGUGGAGGCUGGGAGCGAGAAGAUGCUGUUCGAACAACUCCCUCCCCUGGCCACCGACGUGGCGAGAGUGGACAUGGUUAGAGAUUACGCUGAAACGGCUCUAAAACUCGACGGUUUGAUCGGUGAUGUAGAAGAUGCUGUUUCCUCUUCUGUGACUGCAAAACUUAAAUCUCGUGGAGAAAAUUCAGAGAAAACCCACCAUGUUGCUAUUGGAUAUCUUAAAAAGAUAGAAGACCUUUUAGCUUCAGUUACAAGGACCAGACCACAAUGGACUCGCCUUAUAUCUGCAGUGGAUCACAGAGUGGACAGAUCUUUAGCUUUACUAAGACCACAAGCUAUUGUUGAUCAUCGUGCUCUUCUGUCAUCCCUUGGCUGGCCUCCUUCCCUGUCUGGAACAAAAAUUUCAGAUAGUAAUUCUGGGAAACCGGCAGAGACUGUGAACCCAUUAUUUUCAAUGAAGGGUGACCUGACGAGGAAGUAUUCUGAAAGCUUUCUUUCGCUAUGUAAUCUACAAGAAUUGCAGAAACGCAGAAAAGCUAGGCAACUACAUGGUCAUAAUGUGGGAAAUCAACCACGUCAACCAUUAUGGGUGAUAGAGGAGUUGGUAAAUCCAUUGUCUGCCGCUGCACAACACCAUUUCUCCAAAUGGGUUGAGAAUCCUGAGUUUGUUUUCGCUCUUGCUUAUAAGAUAACAAGAGAUUUUGUAGAUUCCAUGGAUGAGAUACUGCAGCCCCUUGUAGAUAAGGCCAAUCUUGUAGGGUAUAGUUGCAGAGAGGAGUGGAUUUCAGGUAUAGUUAUUGCACUGUCUACAUACUUGGCGAAAGAGAUAUUUCCUAAGCAGAUUGAACUUCUUCAAGAAAGUAGCUCAAGCGAUGCAGGCAGCAUGGCGGCUCAGGCAAGAGUCUUGUGGCUUAACCUUGUUGAUCUGAUGAUAUCUUUUGACAAGCGAACUCAGGAUUUGAUCUCCGGUACAGGGCUGCUACUUUCAGUAAAGGAUGAUGACAAUUGGCAGAGGAUCUCAGUGCUCUCUGUCUUCUGUGAUCGUCCAGACUGGCUUGAAAUAUGGGCAGAGAUUGAGAGACGGGAGGUUUUUGCUAGCCUGAAAUCAGCAAUGGAGAACGAAAAUAAUUGGAGCAAGAGGAUUGAAGGAGCGAUGCUUGAGUAUGGAUCAGAUGACUGCAAAUCUCCAGCAAUAACCGGUGUUGUUAAACAUGGCCUGUCUUUGAUAGUUGAUCGUGCGAGGCCUAUUCCUAGCAUUGCCCUUAGGGCAGAAUUCAUUAGGAUUUCUGCUUCACCCAUAAUAUCUGAAUUUCUUGGUUGCAUGUUUCGGAGGUGCCAAGAGGCAGAGGGGCUAACUGCUCUGGCAGAUGAUAAUGCUUUGAUCAAAGUAUCACAGUCCAUUAAUGCAGCUCGAUACGUGGAAUCCACAUUGGCGCAAUGGUGUGAAGAUGUGUUCUUUCUUGAAAUGGAAAAUCUAUCUGUAGUUGGAGAAGAAGGGGGCAGCGUAUUCCAGCAAGAGAUAAAUCAACUGAAAGAGUUCAGAUCAGAAUGGGUCGAUAAGAUUUCCACCGUCAUCCUUAGGGCUUUUGAUGCUCGAUCCCGGGACUACCUGAAAAACAAGAGGCAGUGGCAGGAGCACUCAGAAGAACCGGCUAUAUCCAGGGCCAUUCUAGAGUCUUCAGGCUACAUUCAAGGGAGGCUAUCUAAGCUGGAAGACGGCUUAAAUAUGCUGGAUUUUGUGACAGUAUGGAGAGCUGUGGCAACCGGAGUAGACCAGCUGCUUUUCACGGGGAUUUUCACUGGAAGCCCAAAGUUCAGUAACGGUGGGGUGGAAAGGCUUCAUGCUGAUCUGAGCGUUCUUUUUGCCGUUUUCCAAGCCUGGUGUCUGAGGCCUGAAGGUUUCUUCCCAAGACUGUCCGAGGGGUUGAAAUUGCUGAAGAUUGAUGAGAAGCAACUCAGAGAUGGUCGGAUGGUUACAGAUAAAAAUUGGCUGCGAGAACAUGGUGUUAGGCAUCUGACAGCCGGUGAGGCUGAAAAGAUAAUUAAAAAUAGGGUGUAUGAUGCAUGAUAAAUACAAUAUAUUCGACAUAGUCAGGCUUGAAUGUCAAAAACUAAUUGCCAUACUGGAAUGGACUUUAAUUUUUCUCUUCUUUUUCAAAUUUGCGUCUCCCUUGUUGAUUGGUGUAAUAAUGUUGUAAUAGUGAGUUUUUCCUUUUGGAACAGGAAAACUGUUUGCCUGACAGUGCUUUCUAAGGUUGACCGAGAAAGCAGCCUUUUAUCAAAAAUGUUACUGUACUA